AUGCCUCCGGGGGCGGGGGCCCUAGCUUGGGAGGGCCGCCUGCACGUCAAGAUCCCUGAUGUGAGCGGAUGCAGGAGGUGUCCCCCACGUCUGCCCAACCUCCACAGGGACCUCGGAGGAGAGAGACCCCUGUACACCCCUCUCAUCUCCUCGGAAGCCUCCCCAGUAUCUUCAAGGUGACAUGCCAGUCCCUACUCCCACGUGGCUUUUUGGCCCAGGUGGGCCAGCCUGGGGGUGAGGGCAGGAGAAAAGCCUCAGCUACCACUCCUCGGUCAGGGGGACCUAAGGCUUUUGGAGGCAGGAGUGGGUGUCCCCCAACCUUCAGAUGUCCUAGCGUGUCCAGGAGUGGGGGCUGGUCACCUUGGGGAGAGGCCAGGGGCUUGGCAGAAGGGGUGGCCUGGUUCUUCUAUUUGUUCUUCUUUUGACCCCCGCCUAUGUCCCGUCAUCCCUCCUUUGAACAAAAGUUCUGUUCCUGUUUCCUCUGUCCCCACCCCGUCUCCCAAGAACAUAAGCUAUCAUUGUUGUAUUUGCAAUCUAUGGACUAGAGGUUUAACUAUUUAUUACUAUUGGUUAAUUAUUAUUAUUAUUAUUGAUUAUGUAAAUUUGCCUCCUGUCUGUCUAUCGCGUUGUGUUUCUGAGGUGACCCCGGGUGUGGAGGAUGCACUGGUCCCCUCUCCGCUCCCCACCCCUAGGCUGUCCAGGAGACAGUGCUCAGCCACUGGUUGGGCCCCACCACCCUGGCGGCAGGUCCCACGGCCCGUUCUCCCCUCCCUCCGUCCUUGUCCAGGGCUGCAGACCCCCUGUGGCUUCUGUCCUGGGGCGUGUGGAGGCUGUUGCUCUUGAGACACUGGUCGAAGUGAGCAGCUGUGAUGAGAGAAGGUCCUGUCUCGGCCGCCCCCUGACCCCCGUGCUGGCGGCACUGGGCACCGGCCAAGAGCCCCUCCCUGGUCACUUCCACCCACUGUCCCAGGCGGGGAGGGGGCAGGGCCCCAGCCCUCUCCAAGUCUCUCUUGGCCCUCCCACCCCUCCUGCCGGCCCAGUGCCCUGGCAGCAGGGGUCCCCCAGAAUGGACCCGGCCCCCUCCUAUUAUUUGCUGGAAAGUCCAGCGGAGGAGAGGUGGCAGGUCCCCCCGCAUGGCUCCCGGUCCCUCUGGACUGGGCCGCCCCACCUCAGAACCCCUUCCCCGGCGCGGCCACUCUCUGAUCCCUGUCCUGUCCCCUUCUUUUGUAUUUGGAAACGACGUGUUGUAAUAAAUCCUGAGAUGGA